AUGGGUCAGAGUAACGGCAAGCCCGUGGUGUUCACCGACCAAGUGAACCUCAACCACUUCCGGCUGCUGCGCGUCGUCGGCAAAGGUGCCUUUGGCAAAGUCCGCAUUGUCGAGCGCAAAGACACGGGCCUCACAUUCGCCCUCAAAUACAUACGCAAGGAUGAAGUCGUACGGUCAGAGAGCGUUCGGAACAUUAUUCGAGAGCGGCGCAUGCUCGAGCACCUCAACCACCCCUUCCUCUGCAACCUGCGCUACAGCUUCCAGGACAUUGAAUACCUCUACAUUGUAGUCGAUCUCAUGAACGGCGGCGACCUGCGAUUCCACAUCUCGAGAAAGACGUUUACAGAGGAGGCGGUCCGUUUCUGGAUGGCAGAGCUUGGCUGCGCCGUGCGAUACAUCCACCAGCAGGGCAUCGUACACAGGGACAUCAAGCCUGACAAUGUCCUGCUGGACUCGGACGGACACGUCCAUCUGGCUGACUUUAAUGUGGCUUCAGACUUCACCCCCCACAAGCCGCUCACCAGCAAGUCGGGAACGCUUGCGUACCUGGCGCCUGAAGUGUACGAGGGCAAGGGAUACUCGUGUGAGGUGGAUUGGUGGUCUCUCGGCGUGCUCUUCUACGAGUGCAUCUACAACAAGCGCCCCUUUGAGGCAAGCAGCCACGAUUCCCUCGCCGCCAAGAUCGCCAAAGGUGAACCCACCUACCCCGUAACCAGCCCUCCUGUUUCGAUGCCAUGUCUGCACGCUAUCAGCUCCCUGCUGGAGAAGGACCGUAAGAGAAGAAUUGGGGCCAUUGGUUUCGACUCGUUCAUCGACAACCCCUUCUUCCGUCCCAUCGAUUUCGCUGCGCUCGAAGCCAAAGAAAUCACCCCCAUCUUCAUCCCCUCGAGCGACAAGACAAACUUCGAUGCAACCUACGACCUCGAGGAGCUGUUGCUCGAAGAGGCGCCGCUCGAGGCACGAGCGCGUCGGCAGAAACCAAGAGAAGCGUUGAAGGACGAUGCAACAGACGCUGAGAUUCGAGCGGAGGAGCUACACAAGAUGAUCGAGACCUUGUUCGAGCCCUUCAAUUACACCGUCGUCGCCGACUCACGGCCUGCCGCCAUCGUCGUCGCAGACCCGAACGACUCCGCAAGUGGCUCAAGGACCAGCAACCAGAGCAACAGCGACCACGCUCCUGCCCCUGUUGCUGCCCAGCAAGACCCCUGGGGACGUCCUCUGGCAAGCCAAAGAUCACUGGAAGCCGAUCUCCACCCUACCCGUUCCACGACCAUGACCAACCCUCGAUCCACCACGCAUUCGCCCAAUGGCAGCCCACCCCUUGCCACGGCCAACCUAAAUCGGGGCUACAAGUCGACUACUGGCUCGCAGGUAUCGCAGCGCGGAGAACAUGCAGACUACUUCCCCACUGAGAAUGCUGAAACCACGACACCCUCAUUCUCUCGCCCCAUGAACAGCCGACCGCGCGGCUCACAGCGCAGUACCAGCAUGGGCGGCGGCGUGCAGGUAGUCCUGGACGGAACCGGGUCGUGGUCCGAGAUGGCGAACCAGAGCUCUGCCCUCGUACAGACGCCUCAGCACGAGAAGCCAUCAGGCAUGCUCGGCUUUCUCAGUCGAAAGAAAGGCCGGGACAGGAGCCCAAAGGCCAAAGAGAGGGGCGUGCUCGGCAAAGAGGGUGCUCGGGUCAUCAUCAGCAAUACCUGA